CCUUGAUCCCCAAGCAAAAAUAGCAGCUAUAUAUACACAUUACACACACAUUUGCCUCCUUCAUAUGCAACCCUGUUAGCCCUAUAUCUAAGCUCCAAUGGAUGAAAUCAUAAAAAUGGCCAAAAUCCAGUACCAAAAGCUCCCGGAGGACGAUAAAUCACACCUGGUCGAGGCCUUUGCCCAGCUCGACGGUGACGGCCUCGGGAGAAUCGACCCUCUCCUGCUGCUGAAAAACGUUGCAUUCCCGGAGCUUGUCGGCCGUGAUCUCCUCUACUUCAACCAGUUUGCCGACGAUUCCUACGGGAGAUUGAGCUUCGACCGGUUCCUGGCCAUAUGGUAUGCCGGAGACCGAUGCCUGAGAAACUGCCACUGGUGCGGAAAGAUUCUGCCGGCCGUCUACUUCACGUGCAGGAAGUGUGACGAGGAAGAUCAGGAGUUCAGGCUGUGCAUCGGCUGCUUCGAAGGGGGAGAGUACUAUCACAAGCACCCAGCUGAGGAAAUCGAAGACAUUACUGUUUUUAAGCCGAUCGAGUCCAAGGGAUCGCCUCUUGCUGAGGAUGAUUACCCAGUAGGAUCAAGAAUUAGGCAGACGUACUUAUCCAAAGAACUGAAGGCCAUCAGUGAGUAUAGAUCAAGGACCGGCACAAACUUUGCAGUUAUGACAGGGCAGAUUGGAAGUUUCAUGGAAAUGCUUGCUAAUUUUCCGCCUGUCGUCUAUGACAAGGAUCAAGAAGAGGAUACUGAAGAGAAUCGGGAAGAGAAUGCUACUACUGAAGAGAAUCGGGAAGAGAAUGCUACUGACGACAAAGAAAAGAAGGAUACAAAACGAGAAGAAGAUGCCGGUAAGGACAGAGAAGAGGAUGCUACUGGGGAAGAAGAGGAUAACAAUGUGGACGAAAAAGAGGGAGCAGCAAAGGGCAAUUGAAGUUUAGUGGUGUUUGUAUUAGCUCUGGUUUUGUUUCAUGCAUGUUUUAGGUUGUUUUAUGGCAUUAUCCACUAUUAGCCGUGUGUUUUUGAGAUGAGUAUUUCCACAAGAUUAAUGAUUACAUGUACCUUGACUAAUCCAUCAUCAAAUUUCAAUCUUGUUG